AUGGACAACCCAUUCACAAACAAGGAACAUAGAUUCGUUCUCGCUGAGAUGAUCAAGAAUAGCUCGGUGGAUGUAUAUCAACUCGAGGGUUUCGUCAAAGCCCAUGGCAUCGUUCCAGAUUGGCUGAAUAUGCAGCUACCGCGAGGUCGCAAUAUGAAUGAAUGUAUGCUUGCAACGAAGCAACUUUCUGCGCCUUACCACAGUCGCGAGCGUAACUCUUCCGGUAGUAGCCAUGGCGACUACCCAUCCAUCAGCCAAGCGAUGAGAUCGCCUCCCACCUUGCAACCUACCAUUCAUCCACCACAACCGCCAUCCUAUCAAGGGUCCUCGUCGAUAUUACCUCGCCCAUUGCCCAACGGCAUCCUGCCAAAGUCAGCGACGACCACGACCCUUGUAACUAUGCCAGACAGCAAAAGUCCGCGCGUCAAGUCUGCGCAAGGAGCCGCGAGCACGCCUAAGCCGCCACCAAAGAAGCGUGGCCGUCCCUCCAGAGCAGACCGGGCGAAGCGAGAACUGCGACCACUGCUUCCACAACAUCUAAUGCCAAGGCCGCCCGUUGACCACCACCAGCAGCAGUACAUUUACCAGCCUGGAAUGUACUAUCCCCCUCAAACUCUGCCACCAGCAGUAGCAAUGCAGGAUUCACGUCCAGUGCACGGGCAGUCUCCAGAGCCUGCUCCAUCAACGAAGAAGAGGCGGAGAAAUAGCACGCCAGAGAGGCUGCCUCCUGUCGGCGAUAUUAUGGGCACUCCGAAAUCGAGAGACGGAGAUUGA